CCUGACGUCACGCGCAAAACGUAAGGUGCGUUGCGCGAACACCGGUUACAAAGGCUUGGUACAGCGUGUCCUUGGGCUCAGAGCAUUCAGUCAGCGCGCGAGUGCAGAGCUGCAGGAGGUCCGCGUACGGUCUGUGCUUUUAUUCCUUUCAGGAUAUAAUUAACAAUGGGAGAUGCUGAAAAGGGAAAGAAGCUCUUCGUGACCAAAUGCUCCCAGUGCCAUACGUGUGAGAAGGGGGGCAAGCACAAGAACGGACCCAACCUGUAUGGCCUGAUCGGGCGCAAAACGGGUCAAGCAGAAGGCUUCAGUUACACUGAUGCAAACAAGAAGAAGGGUAUUACCUGGAACGAGGAGACCCUGUUUGAAUAUCUGCAUAACCCCAAAAAGUACAUCCCUGGCACAAAGAUGAUCUUUGCUGGUAUCAAGAGCAAGACGGAGAGACAAGACUUGAUCGCUUAUCUGAAGAGCCAAUGCUCCUGCUAAGAGCGGUGUCUGCUGCCUUAUUUAUUUCAGAGGGGUUGCUUGUGAUGAGAUGCUUCCUAAAUUUUAUAUUUUUAUUUGUAUUGUCCAUGUCUUUUAGAUGGUCUCAUCUGCCAGCAAACGUAAUGUUCAUGGGGAAAGGUCAUUGAAAUGAAUUUGCCUCUGUGGUAUUUUAGGGUUCUAAAGAUAACAUGCUAUGUUAAAAUACUAAAACUGGGUCAACUAAUAAAAAAAAAUAUGAU